UCCAAGUAUCACAGUGAAUUACAGAGAAAAAGGAAGAGCGGAGAAGGUUGGUAGAUCCUGUGAAUCGCUUUGAGAAGAUCGUCUUAACUUUUGAAAAAUAAGCUUGUAGUAGAAAGAGAACCUAUCUAAACCGCAAAAGAAGAGUGAACAUGAGUUCAGAUCUUGAUUUUAGUGACGAGGAUUCUACUCCGGAAUCAGAAACGUGGGAUGAAACAUUUUCAAAACUAAUAAGUUCUAGUUUGGACAUGUUGACUGAACAAACAAGCGGACAUUUCUACAUUUGUGACAUAUGUAAAGCGAAGUUUGCAGGCCAACAAGCCUUGGCGGCUCAUCUCAAAUCACAUGCUGAAUCAAAAUCUCCUGAUAGUAAUAGUGUGUGCCAUAAAUGCGAUAUCUGCAGUAAGGCCUUCUCAUCUUCAAGUGACUUACACGAUCACAAGAAAGGACAUGCAGAAGAGUUUUUGUCACAACAUGCCUUGGAUUCCCACAUGGAAAAACAAAGUAAACAAAGCAAUUCAUUUAAAUGCAGUACAUGUAACAAGAGUUUUGCAAGGGCUUGUGACUUGAAAAUACACACAACAAAAGCACAUGCUAGUGAUGGGGAUCAUCAGUGUGACCUUUGUGAAAAACGUUUUUCUUCUCGAAGUGGUUUAAAAUCUCACAAAAAGGUGCAUUCCCAAAACAACACGCACUCUAAGAAAAAAAAACUGAAGUGUAAAGGAUGUGAUGAGAAAUUUUCCACACAAGAAAUGCUACAGUCCCAUUAUGAUACGAGUUUAGAAUGUAAAGAAAAGUCUUUAAAAUGUGUCCCAUGUGAUGUAUUAUUCUUAACGUCUGAUGAAUAUGAAAGUCAUAUGAAGGCACAUGAAACUAAUCGCGAUAGAUGUUUCCAUUGUGAUCGGUGUGAAAAAUCCUUUUUUAAACCAAGCUAUUUAGCAGCUCACAAGAAAAUUCACUCAGGUGACCGACCAUAUAAAUGUGGUGUUUGUGAGAAAGGGUUUUCACGGUCAAAUGAUUUGAUAUAUCAUUUAAGAGUACACACUGGGGACAAGCCAUUUAAAUGUGAUAGUGAUAGCUGUGGGGCAGCAUUUUAUAGAGCAAGUGAUUUGAAAUAUCACAAAAACAUGCAUUUGGAAAACAACCCAAACUCAUGUGAUGUUUGUCUAAAGACGUUCCCAAGAGGACAAGAUUUAGUUGCUCAUAUGAGAAAGCACACAGGUGAAAAACCAUACAAAUGUGACAUUUGUGGUACGGGAUUUGGACGUAGUAGUGACAUGAAAUACCACAGGAAUACCCAGCACGCUGAUCCAAAUGAAAAAUCUCAUAAAUGUGACAUCUGUGACAAAGCAUUUAUAAAUUUUAAAAUGCUGACAAAUCACAAGAAAACACAUAAUGUGGAAAAGCCUUAUGGUUGUGAUGAAUGCAAUAAGAAAUUUUUAACCUCAAGCCGUCUUGCAUCUCAUAAGAAAACACAUUCUGGAGAAAGACCGUACCAAUGUGAUAUAUGCGAAAAAGCAUUUUCCAGGUCACAUGAUUUGGUUAUUCACACCCGCUUGCAUACUGGGGAACGUCCUUACAAAUGUGAUACUUGCAACAAGGCCUUCCCAAAGUCAACACAGUUAAAGUAUCAUAAGAGGUUGCAUACUGGAGAAGACAUGCAUAAAUGUGAUGUUUGUGAAAAGGCAUUUUACAACCCUAGUCUUUUGAGGUCACAUAAAGCAAUUCACAGUGGAGACAAGCCUCAUAAAUGUGAUGUUUGUCAAAAGGGAUUCUUGCGAGCACAUGAUUUAGUUCAUCAUAAACGUACACAUACUGGUGAACGACCUUAUCAAUGCGAUGUUUGCAACAAAGCUUUUAUCAAGUCCACCAUGUUAAUGUAUCACAAACGAACACAUACUGGCGAAAAUCCUCACAAAUGUGAUAUUUGCGACAAGAAGUUUAUGAUUCCAUCAAAUUUGGCGGCACAUAAGAGAAUGCAUAACAACGAGAAGCCUUUUGAAUGCGAUAUUUGUAAAAAAACAUUCUCUAAAAGAUGGGACAUGAAUUUUCACAAAAGGUUACAUUUGGACGUUAGACCUCACAAAUGUGAUUCCUGUGAAAAAUCGUUCUCAAAAGCAAGCGAGUUAACUUAUCACACGUAUACACACACUGGCGUUCGACCACACAAGUGUGAUCUUUGUGAAAAGUCGUUCAUAAAACCAUCGCAUCUGGUUAGUCAUAAACGAACACAUACAGGAGAAAAGCCCUAUCGUUGCGACAUUUGUGAGAAAGGAUUUACAAGGUCUAGUGAUCUGAAAUAUCAUAAGAAAACACAUUCUGCGGAUAAGCCAUGUGUUUGUGAAACAUGUUGCAAAGGUUUUUAUGAUCAAAAAUCUUUACGUCGACAUGUAAAGAGGAUGCAUGACAAUGGCACCAAAGAGUAUAAAUGUCAAACGUGUGCAAAGGAGUUUUCUAGUGCUGGUGAGUUGCGUAGCCAUGGACAAGUUCACAGAAAUGAAAAACGUUAUAAAUGUGACGAAUGUGACAAGGCAUACACCAGAACAAGUGACCUGAAAAUUCAUAAGAGAUCGCAUACCGGAGAAAAACCAUUUAAAUGUGAUGUUUGUCAGAAAGCAUUUCCAAAAGCAAGUUACUUAGUGGAACAUAAGAAGACACAUUCACAGAAAUUCGAAUGUAAUGUUUGCAAAAAGGAAUUCAGUUUUGCCAAAACAUUGAAAAAACACAAGUGCAAGGGUAAUGAUAGUGAGUUAGGAGCAUGUUCGGAUUUAACUGAAAUCCAAUUUGUUUGUUCCCAAUGCGGCACCAGUUUUGACUCAAAUAAGAAAUUGAACAAUCACAUUAAACAAUCUCAUCCUUGACUGGUUCAUAUAUCUAACAAGGGAAAUUUAUAUUGUGGCUUAUGAUUAUAGUUUAGCUACGUUCCUAAUUUUUUUCUAAAUUAAA